AUGCAGCGAUGGCAACCUGACCAGGCGCCUCAGGAUAUUAUAUCUUGGGUCCUCAAGGCACUCAUGGAGAAGGACGCAUCCGCACCGCCCUCAACGGCAGCACUGCAUGAAGACUCUCGCGUCCUUAUCGUCGCAGGAAGCGACACGAUCGCGACGACGCUCACUUGUGCACUCUUUUACCUUGUAAAGAAUCCAAGGGUACUGAACAAGUUGCGAUCCCAAGUCGACGCAGCCAUGCCCAGUCCAGCAGACUGGACAUACGAAAAGGCGAAAUCAAUCACCUAUAUCGAUGACAUCGUCGAGGAAACACUUAGACUCAAGCCACCACUGCUCGUGGGUGGACCACGUGUUACACCUUCAAACGGGAUGUGGGUGGAUGAGCAGUUCAUCCCUGGUGAUACCAAUGUCAUUACUCCGAUACAGCUUAUUCACACAGAUCCAAGAUAUUGGAAACAUCCGGAUGAGUUCAUCCCCGAGAGGUUCGGGGAGAGGAAAGACGAAUUCGGCACCAAUGCUGCUCCUUUCUUCCCGUUCCAACUUGGUGCCUACUCCUGCCCGGGAAAGAAUAUGGCAUACAUGACUCUGCGUAUUGCUCUAUCGCAAAUUGUGCAGAAGCUCGAUUUUGAUUUCGCCCCUGGGGAGGGUGGGGAGGGAUUCAGAACUGAAACAAAGGAGACAUUUGUUGCCACAUUGGCACCUUUAAUGCUCCAAUUUGCAAAGAGAACGAAUUGA